CAGAGACGCCACUCCAUGUCAAGCCGGCUUCGCAAAGUUGUGAUCAGCUAGCUCCGUUUCAUUUCCUAUCUACAGAGAAGCAGCAAGCAAGGUUGAGCAUUCACUCAUGGUGGCCGAGGCCGUGCUGCAGGCAUCGUCCGUGUUCGCCGCCUUCGACAAGGACGGCGACGGCAAGGUGUCCGCCGCCGAGCUUCGCGGCAGCAUGACGGUGGCGCUGGGCGAGGAUGUGUCCGAGGAGGAGGCCGCGGCGAUCCUGGCUACGGUGGACGCCGAUGGCGACGGGCUGCUGGACCAGGAGGAGUUCUCCAAACUAGGCGCCGCCGCCUCACAUGGAGGAGCGCACGGGGACGAGGCCGGUGACGACGAGGUGAGGCGCCGGUGCCUCAAGGAGGCGUUCACGAUGUACGCGGCGGAGGGCGGCGACGAGGGCGCAAGGAUCACACCAGCGAGCCUGAUGCGAAUGCUGGGCAAGCUGUUGGAGUCGUCGGCUGAGAAAAUGGAGUUGGAGGAGUGCCGGGCCAUGAUCUGCAGGUUCGACCUCGACGGCGAUGGCGUCCUCUCCUUUGAUGAGUUCAUGGUCAUGAUGAUGGGAAAUGCGUAAAUGACGGAAUUUUAUCGGGUUUGGAUUCAUUUUUUAAUUCUUUAUUUUCGGGUUUCAUCUGUUUAUAGAGAUAUUUCAUUUGUAUAUGUUGCAUCUUGGUA